ACGGUGCAGCAGUAGCUGGAAACUCGCGCGCGCGCGCGAGCGGCGGGCGGCUUUUCCGUGUUCGGUGUUUCGGUGCGGCGGCCAUAUAUACGCGCGCGCGCUCGCGUACUACGUGCAGACGACGGACUAGUGCGUGCGUGCGUGACGCGAGAGGCUGAGAGGAGCAUUUUGGCCCUUGGUUUCUUUCGGUUCUUCUGCUCUUUUUUGCUGGCGAUGGGGUGGUCGUCGUCAAGGGCUAUGCUCGUGGCGCGCGCUGUGGCCUUGGCGGUGGUGUUCCUCGCGGCGGAGGCUCAGCUGUCGCCGGGGUACUACAACGCGACGUGCCCCGGGGUGGUGUCCAUCGUGCGCCGCGGCAUGGCGCAGGCAGUGCAGAAGGAGUCGCGCAUGGGCGCCUCCAUCCUCCGCCUCUUCUUCCACGACUGCUUCGUCAACGGGUGCGACGCCUCCAUCUUGCUCGACGACACGGCGAACUUCACCGGGGAGAAGAACGCCGGGCCGAACGCCAACUCGGUGCGCGGGUACGAGGUCAUCGACGCCAUCAAGGCGCAGCUCGAGGCCUCCUGCAAGGCCACCGUCUCCUGCGCCGACAUCAUCACGCUCGCCGCGCGCGACGCCGUCAACCUGCUCGGGGGCCCGAACUGGACGGUGCCGCUGGGGCGGCGUGACGCGCGCACGACGAGCCAGAGCGCGGCGAACACCAACCUGCCGCCGCCCGGCGCGAGCCUCGCGUCGCUCCUGUCGAUGUUCAGCGCCAAGGGCCUCGACGCGCGGGACCUCACCGCGCUGUCGGGCGCGCACACCGUCGGGUGGGCGCGCUGCUCCACCUUCCGCACGCACAUCUACAACGACACCGGCGUGAACGCCACCUUCGCCUCGCAGCUGCGCACCAAGUCCUGCCCGACCACCGGCGGCGACGGCAACCUCGCGCCGCUCGAGCUGCAGGCGCCCAACACCUUCGACAACGCCUACUUCACGGACCUCCUCAGCCGCCGCGUCCUGCUGCGCUCCGACCAGGAGCUCUUCGGCAGCGGCGCCGGCAAUGGCACCACGGACGCGUUCGUGCGCGCGUACGCCGCCAACGCGACGACGUUCGCGGCGGACUUCGCCGCCGCGAUGGUGAGGCUGGGCAACCUGAGCCCGCUCACCGGGAAGAACGGCGAGGUACGGAUCAACUGCCGGCGAGUGAACUCAUCAUGAACAUGAAAUGGAUUCUUGAUGUACGCUUCGUGAACGCCAUAAACUUAUUAUCAAAUCUUGUUUUUACCAAAAGCAAAUGGAAAAAAUGCUGUUCUUGCA